CACCGAUUUGUGUAAACAAGUAAUAAGUAGCAAUAGUACCGUACAGGAAUAAUUCAUAUACGAAAUAUUCAGAAAUGGCAUCAAAUCGCAGUACUCAUGAAGUUUUGUUAUCCCUUAUUGACGAUAUCGAAUUAAUAGCCAAAGAACUAAUUGAAAACACAAUAGCGCAAAAACAUUUGAAGCUAUCAAGCAGCGAACAUGCUCAAUUAACAGAGUUGUUAGUGGCCAAAGACAACGAACUAAAAUCUACCCUGAAGCAGGCUGCGGAGCAGGCUAAGAUAAAUCAAAAAAUGGAUGCUCUAAAGGCAGAAGUCGAACGACAAGAUCAAGACAUUCAGCAAUUGCAACGGCAACUCAAAGAAGCUGAACAAAUUCUUGCUACUGCUAUAUAUCAAGCAAAACAGAAAUUGCAAUCCAUAUCUCGAGCCAACAAAAGGCCAGUACCUUCAGAGGAGUUAAUUAAAUUUGCUCAUCGCAUCAGUGCAUCUAACGCAGUUUGUGCACCACUAACUUGGCAGCAGGGUGACCCACGUCGACCAUAUCCAACAGAUAUUGAGAUGAGGCUGGGUUUUCUGGGUCGGCUAAGCGACCUUCCCUUGAAUGGACAAAUGAUUGGCUCUCAUCCAGGCAUUCCCUCGGAACUCCAUCGUGCUGGACAUCCCGCAGGCGAACCACCAGUGUCCCAAGCGAACCAAUUUGCCUGGCAUCCCUCAGGAGAGAUACACAUGUCAGUAGGUGGACAAGGUAGUGUGGCAAUGAAUACACAUAAACAGGAGACAGAAGAUGUUGAAGUCAUGUCUACAGACUCAUCAAGUAGUUCUUCAAGUGAUUCUCAAUAAAUAAUCCAGUAUGUUCAACGCAGUUAUUCCAAGAAGCUUGAUUUCUUUUUUGGAAGCUAAAGCUCCAGAAUAUGAAUUAUGUAUUAAUCCUGAAGUAUGAAGUAUGGAAUAACUGUUCUGUUUUAUGCUCAUUUUUUUCAUGUCUAAUCAUUAGAAAAUGCCUGGUGAUUUUAUUCUUAUAAUUGAAUUUAUUAUAUUGUAUCAAUGUAAUUCAGAAUUGUUCAAUUACGCGCCUGUUAUUAGGAGCAGAAGCAUAGAAAUUAUGUACAAAUAAAUUACUUUGCAAGCUGAA